UAUUUCAUACCUCUAACAAGAUUUAGGGAGCACUUCACCCCAGCUAAAGGAAAUAAUGUAAUAGGCCAUCUCAGAAGUUUUCGGCCGAAUUAAGCCCGACCCUAAUCCAACCCAACCCAACCCAAUUUGAUUCAAAGGUUUGCAGCAGCCCAGAUUUAUCCAACACGGACAAAGGCAGAAGGAGAGGGAGCUUAGGCCUAGAAACAGCAAGAAAUAGACCGAUCGAUCCACAAUCAAAUCCCGGCGACCGUUAAGAAUUCAAUUGAGAAAUCGUGAGAUUUUGGCGAUGGACAGUAUCGUAGAUUCGUUAAACAACGCAUACCAAGAUUUCGUCGGUGCUGCAGCUAACGUGUUGGAAGCCAAGGAGUUAUCCGGCGGGCAGAAAACAGCGGCAACGGAUGUUGCGCUGGAGAAUUUUAAGCAGAAAUGGGAGUUAUUUAGAGUUUCAUGUGAUCAAGCGGAGGAGUUUGUGGAGUCCGUGAAGCAAAGGGUAGGGUCGGAGUGUUUGGUGGAUGAGGCUACUGGGUCCGUGAGUGGGAGGUCUGGGCAGGGUGGAGUGACAGGGCUUCCGCCUAUUAGUGCUGUUCGGUUGGAGCAGAUGAGUAAGGCUGUCAGAUGGCUUGUUAUUGAAUUGCAGCAUGGUUCGGGUGCUGCAGGUGGUGCGGCCGGGCAUGCUCACCCUUCUGCUCCUUUUGAUGCUAGGUUUUCUGAGGAUGCAGCUCAAUAGGCCACAAAUAAAGGGUUGGGAGCUGAUUGAGCUGCUAUGUGAUGUUUGAUUUGAAGGAAGUCUGUAACUGGAGGGGAAGGGAAAGUUCAAGUUUUCUUGUUUUUCUUUUCUCUGGCUAUUAAGAUUGUUUUUAUAGUGUAUUUGUUUGUUUUUUUCGUUCUUUUCUCGUUGUGAAGUUCAGGGAAAGAGUGGUUUUGGUUGAGUGAAGCGAAGCUGCAGCUGCAGCUGCGAUGUUUUCUCAUGAACUAUAAAAGCUUCUAGCAUAACAUGUAGGUACUAUUUUUUGCCUGCUUCGAUUAA